CUUUGUCGAAGUCGGAGGAACCGGCAGGCGGUUCUGGCGGCUGCAGCAGGGACAGCGGCGGCUAGGGCUGCAGGUAAGGAAGCAGAACAGCCUGGAAACCCGAGGGACCUGGCAGCCCAAGACAAGACUCCUCAGCGUACUGGCCCCCUCAGAUCCUCCUGCCCUUCUGGACUCUGAGGCCCUAUGGAGACCUCAGGCCCCUACUAAGGCUCUGCCCCGUGCUGUGAUCCCAUCAGUGAUGUGGCCCCGGAGGCGGGCAGCGGCCCCACAUUUUCCCUGAGCUAACUUCUUUGUUGUACCCAAGGGUGGCGGCAAAGGAAGAAGCCACUCAUUUGGAGUGGGACCAGAAUGCCUGACCGAGACAGCUAUACCAAUGGCACAGGGAACAGCAACGGAGGCUCCGGAGGUGGUGGUAGUGAGGAGAUCAGCGGAGUUGGGUCAGGAGCCAACGCAGGCAGCUCGGAUGCAAUCUGCCGGGACUUUCUGAGGAAUGUGUGUAAGCGGGGCAAGCGCUGCCGCUACCGACACCCAGACAUUAGCGAGGUCUCCAACCUAGGUGUGAGUAAGAAUGAGUUUAUCUUCUGCCAUGACUUCCAGAACAAGGAGUGCAGUCGUCUGAACUGCCGCUUCAUCCAUGGCUCCAAGGAGGAUGAGGAUGGCUACAAGAAGACAGGUGAACUCCCCCCUCGGCUAAGGCAGAAAGUGGCGGCCGGCCUGGGCCUUUCUCCGGCUGACCUCCCCAAUGGAAAAGAGGAAGUCCCCAUCUGCCGGGACUUCCUCAAAGGGGAUUGCCAGCGAGGAGCCAAGUGCAAGUUCCGCCACCUGCAGCGGGAUUUUGAGUUUGAAGCAAGAGGUGGCGGGGGUGCUGGUGGAGGGGGUCCUGCAGGGCCAGCACCCACCAGUCGUCGCCAUGAUCUAUAUGACACAUAUGAUCUUCCAGACCGGGGCUUUGAGGACCAUGAGCCAUGCCCCAAACGCCGUCGGGGAGGGGGCGGGUGCCCCUCCGAUGGUUCCCAUUUUGAGACAUUUGAGUACAGUCUGGCCCCACCUCGGGGGUUGGAGUGCCGCUUGCUAGAGGAGGAGAAUGCUAUGCUCAGGAAGCGAGUGGAAGAGCUAAAGAAGCAGGUCAGCAACUUAUUGGCUACCAACGAGGUCCUGUUGGAGCAGAACGCCCAGUUCCGUAACCAGGCCAAGGUCAUGACCCUGAGCUCCACCGCACCAGCCACAGAACAAACGUUGGCGCCCAGCGUGGGCACCGUCACCAACUACAACCAUGGCAUUGCUCAGACACAUACCACACUCAGCAGCCAGGCCCUGCAGCCUAGACCCGUGUCCCAACAAGAGCUCGUAGCCCCCACGGGUGCCCCGGCUGCCCCACCAACUAAUGCAGCACCUCCCACGGCACCGCCCCCACCUCCCCCACCCCCCCACCUGAACCCAGAGAUCACACCUCUCUCAGCUGCUCUGGCCCAGACAAUUGCUCAAGGCAUGGCCCCACCUCCAGUCUCCAUGGCCCCUGUGGCCGUAUCCGUUGCCCCUGUGGCUGUUUCGAUGGCCCAGCCACUAGCAGGAAUCACAAUGAGCCACGCCACUACACCCAUGGUGACUUACCCCAUUGCCUCACAGAGCAUGCGUAUCACUGCCAUGCCACACUGACCAGUUCACUGGACGCUUCUCUGAUAUUGCCUCCCUGGCAAAGGGGGUAGGAGAAGAGGGCGAAUCCAUCUCUUCUCAUAUGCAUGGAAGGGAGUUUAUGAGGGAAUGAGGAGAGUAGACGGCGAGUGCUAGGUGCUGGGCUCCUAGAGGAGCGGAGGGAAUAGAUUUUCCCAAGCCUCAUCCUCCUAAGAAGCAUUCUUUCCAGCUUCCCUUGAGGCCAACCAGAGGGGCCUGCAAAGGGAAUGAGGACUGCAGGCUGCCAGGAGAGGCAGGGAUGACUGAAGGGCUUUGGGGUUCUCAGAAAGACUUGGCUGAUGGGAUAUUGAGCUCUCCCAAAUACUGCCCCUCCACCUUCCCACACCCCAUCCCCAGCAUAGACCCUAGCACUGAUUUUUGAAAAUGAGCCUAAACCCUGUAAAGGGAGGGGAAUGGGGGCAAGGAGGGCCAGAAUACUGAGCUUUCAGACUCUGGAGACUUUUGCCCAUUCACAAAUGUGAGAACUCCUCUAGGCCUAGGGUUAAGGAGAGGAAUACCAGGAGGCCCUAAUGUUUCAGGGUGGUGGGCUAGGGAAUUGUUAACCCAGGUAGGGUUAGGAAUCCACAGAGCAAGGGCCCCGCCAUUUUCCAAAGAAAUAAAAUAAUUAUUUUUAACGAAA